CAACUCGGAACUGAAGUGACUGCUUCAAGAACCCUAAACUCCCCUUUUAAUUGAUAAAAACUUUCAGAACAAGUGAAAAUUGUUGAAAUUUAUUAGAGUUGUGAACUAAAGUUUAAGAAGACAGAGUAACUGAAGUAAAGUUUUACUUCGAAAGACACCACUUCAAACGCACCUCCCAUUUUUAGAUUCCUUUCCCUUCUCAAAUUAAGGUACCACGUUUUGAUUGAUCAUCUGUUGUUGAGUUUGGCGUAUGCGUGCGUGCCCUGUUUUGUUCAUUCAGUUCUAUAGCAUUCGUUCAUUAAGCAGCAGCAGCCAGUGGCCGGACUUUUAGUUGUAAUUUCAGUAUCAGUAUUCGUACAAAUCUAGUUAUAGUGAAUUAAUCAUCCACCGAACAAUGAGCAGCUCGCGCAGUAUUCGCUUUUACUACGAUCUCAUCUCGCAACCGUGUCGGGCGUUGUACAUUUUCCUCCAGCAGACCAAAAUUCCCCACCAGAAGUGUCCUACGGCGCUGCGAAAAUGGGAACACACGACACCCGAGUUUCUGCAAAAUGUGAGCCGUUUCGGUAAGGUUCCGGCCAUAGUUGAAGCACCUAGCAACUUUAAACUGGCGGAAAGUAUUGCCAUCUUGCGCUACCUAUCGCGGGAACAUAACGUUCCGGACCACUGGUACCCACGGGACAUCCGGAAGCGAGCCCGAGUGGACGAGUAUCUCGAGUGGCAGCACACGAAUACGCGGGCCCAUUGUGCCAGCUACGUGCGGUACGUCUGGCGGGGACCACUACGAGGUGAACCGAUGGAGGGCCGAACCGCCGAACGUCUCCGGGCGGAAAUGAUCGCCUGUUUGGACUUUAUCGAGACGAAUCUGCUCAGCGACGAAGGGCGGUACAUUGACGGCGGUACCGACAUUACGAUUGCCGAUCUGAUCGCUGCCUGCGAAAUCGAACAGCCAAAGCUGACAGGUUACGAUCCGCGAGUAGGCCGCCCAAGGCUAACAGCUUGGAUUCAGCGAGUAAGGGAACGCACCCAGCCGGACUACGACGAGGCGCACCAGGUGGUGCACAAAUUUGCCCCCAAGCUGACUUAGUUGGGGGAUUUGUGGUUUUUACAUAAACAAAACGGAACAUAUGUAACUUCAAA